CUUUCUCUCUCUCUCCGCAUUCUUUCUUACUUCGCUUUUCGGGUUCCUGCAUCGAUUCUCUCUAUAACUAAACGCAAGGAAGAAUCCUUUUUCUCUCACUUUUUUCCUCCCCGCCUUGAUUCUCUGCCGAUUCUAGGGUUUCCAUUUCCCUGUCCCUUCCCCCUGCAGCUGAAGAGAAGCUCGCUCUGCUGCUGCCACCACCAGCACCGACACAUUCUCUUCCUACUCGCUUCCGUUCGGCUCAGGUACCGUUUCGCCGAUUUUGUUCGUUGUUUUCUAUUCCGCUCCGGCAUUUGUCGGCAGAGGUGGAGUCUUCUUGGCGGAGCUCGCCGCGUUUGAUUUUCCUGUUCGUUCCUGCGCGUACUUUCUGUUUGUUACAUUUUUUCAACGAUUCCGAGUAGCGCCGUUGUCUUGACUUUCUCCGUUUGCGUGAUUUAUUGAUUCCCGCCGUUUCUUUGUUAUUGAAGGUAUACCUGCAUUCCGGCUGCGGUCUGUCGUCUUACUGUCGCCGGCGGGCUCCGAAUUCUCGCCUCUCGGUUUAGGUGCGUUAUUCUUUAUUUCUUGAAAGGGUCGGUUUGCUCUCGGUUGGGAUUCCGUUUCCUCCAUUAUUGAUACUGCCUGUCUGAAUACGCGUUUCAUGGCGGCUGAGCCCCCUCCCCAUGUUCAUGGCGUCUUUACUUUUCCCCCUUCCUGCAGUUAAAGAUUCAAUGUACGGUUUUUUUAUUUCUUUUUUGUAUUUGAUCGAUUGUUAAUUAAGUCCCUGGGAAUUAUGUUUGGCGGUUUCUUAUUCUUCUUCUUCCCCUUUCCGUUUUUAUUUUAUUUCAAUCUCUUUCAGCUUUUCCCAACCGUGAAAAGCCAGAUAGCUACUUCGACAUUGACGCUUAUUGUAUUGUCUCGUUCCUGGCCUGGAGCUGUUAUUAUUGGUUGAUUAUGCCAUGAUUUGCUUUAUACCAUUGAUUCCUUUUCCUUAGAUCGAAUUACGGGGGGUUCAUGGUAUAAUUGCCAUUAAUUUUGGUCAAUUACUCUACCCUACAUAACUUAAGUUAUGGUCAUAUGUCAAUUUCCACAAGUCAUUGUGGAAUCUUGACGUGGACCAAAACCACUACCUGCUAGUUGGUGGAGUUUCGUGAAGACAUUUCAAUAACUUGAGCUCGAUGGAAAGCAUGCCCCUUGACAAUAAUGUUCUUUUUGUUCUCUCUUCAUUUCCACCAUUGAAAAAUAAGGAGUUGUUGAGCACGGUAGAAUGUGUGAUAGUAACAAAAACAUGGGGAGAUUUCUUGGCGUACUUGAGAUUUUUUUUUUCUGCAUUCAAUAUGAUUCAUAUCAUCUGUGAAUCCAUUUUUAGGCAUUGGGUCCAUGUUCGUAAAUGAUUCCCAUACUCAUCAUGGUAGGCCCGUCUUGUGUGGUUGCAUAUGGUAUGCCAACAUCCCACUGCUGUGGGGCUCCAGAGCUUUUUAUGUAAAUAAACCAUGAAAAUUUUCAAUGAUUUCUCUACUAGACAUCCAAUUUGUGGGCCUAGUUUCAAAGCCGGUCACUGUUUCUUCAAUAUGUGUAUGAUUUUUGUUGCUCGUUCUUUCCUUUCUAAGCUCUGGCAGAUUCACAAUCUCUGUGUAUGUAUGAUUCUAUUCUCUCAUGGACUGUUCGUUUUGUGGUUACUCAUUUAGCACAAGAUGCAUAUUUCAUCAUAUUUUUCUAUUUUUGUAUACCCUUUGGAGUUGGUUUGGUUGGUAUGGGGUCUAAGGAUUCUCUACUGUACUCUAGAAGCAUCUUUGUGAACAAUAAUUUACCUGCUUUUUCAUCAACGCUGCUUUUUGACGGCCAAGAGUGAUGAGUUUACCGGUUGCUUAAGCUUUAUUUUUAGCAACUCCUGUGAAAGAGUGGAGAAAUAAGAGGGCUGAUUUACAGGUAGGAUUUCCUUUUUGUAUUGAGGCUGGUAAAGCUCAAGUAGGCGAGAGUCAAGACUGGUGCAUGGGAAAUUUGGAAAUGGAGCAUACAGUUUUUCCCUAAAGUUUUGCUUUUCCCUGAAGAUGACUAUUCCAUCGUUGUAAUUACAACUGAGCAAGAAAAGCAGAAAGGGCUAGGAAAAGUCAUGGAAGGACGAGUGGAUCAAUUUGUUCUUCCGCUGCAAUGAUAUUCAACUUGCAUGCUUUAACAUUCUUUAUGCAGCCUUGUUGUCGUCUUUUGACAGACUCUUUCCAUCCUUUUUGUUUCCCCCCCAAUAUGAUUUUUAUAUUCUGUUCUUUGUGGACUAUCAAUUCCUUUGUUGGUACUUGUUAGAGCCUUGAAUCAUUUUGUUGUUUUGUAAUCAUUGCAGAAGCUUGAGGAUUACAAGGAAACCUGAAUCGUGGAAUCACACAUCAUCUUCCAUAUUAUUCUCUAAGAAGUUUUUCCUCUGAACUGAUAUACGCUUAAAAGGAAAUGAGACCAUUUAGGUAACUUCUGAAUACCUGGAACCUGUUUACUUGUUUUGGUGCCAUUGAAUUUUAUUGCAUCUUACUAGCCUUGCUGUUUGUCAGUGUACUAGAGGUCUGCCAUUGAUGGACUGCUUGCCGAGCAUCUGUGAUAAGAAAUCCUUGAAGAGGUGGUUUUUCAUUGACAAGACGGUGGGGUGAAUUAAUUUUCAACUGUCGAGAAAUAGUUUUUUUCUCCAAUUCCAAGGGUGUUGGAACUGUUGGCUUAUUUGAUCUGCAUACUCCAAAGCCGGGCUCACGGAUCCUUGCGAAAUGGACCUCAAAUCAAAUCACGCUUCUCCAGUUCUCACUGAUUCUGCACCCAUAGCCAAGUCAAUGUUGCAUUCUUCCUUGUUACCAUGCACCACCGCCUCUGGAGCAGCAUUCUCGCCAAAUCUGUUACUAACUGUUCCAAGAAAGAAAGCUGGAAUACUGGACGAUGUACGCUCCAGCAGCUGGCUGGAUGCUAUGAAAGCAUCGUCACCUCCUCCUAAGAGGGUAAUCAAGGAACAGAACAAUGAUCAUACAUCACCCGAUGAUAGUGGGUACUCAAACUGGCUGCUUAAAUAUCCGUCAGCUCUGGCAUCAUUUGAGCAAAUUGCAAACUUUGCAAGAGGGAAAAGGAUAGCAUUGUUUCUUGAUUACGAUGGGACCCUUUCACCCAUUGUUGACAACCCGGACUGCGCCUUCAUGUCUAACAAAAUGCGAUCUGCUGUCAAAAAGGUUGCGAAACAUUUCCCAACAGCCAUAAUUAGUGGAAGAAGUCGUGACAAGGUCUACGAGUUUGUAGGUCUAACUGAACUAUACUAUGCCGGUAGUCAUGGGAUGGACAUAAUGAGUCCCGUUAGAGAAUCUGUAACUGCUAACCAUGCAAAUACUAUACGGUCCACUUGCAAGCGGGGCAAAGAAGUUAAUCUGUUCCAGCCUGCUAGUGAAUUUCUACCCAUGAUUGAUGAGGUGUUCAAUUCCCUUGUGGAGAGCACUAGAGACAUAAAAGGUGCUAAAGUUGAAAACAACAAAUUCUGCGUCUCCGUACAUUACCGCAAUGUAGAUGAUAAGUAUUGGGACGUGGUGGCGCGCUCUGUAGACGAAGUCAUUAAAAACUAUCCGAAGCUACGGCUGACACACGGAAGAAAGGUUCUAGAGGUGCGGCCUGUAAUCGACUGGGAUAAGGGGAAGGCUGUGACAUUUCUUCUUGAAUCCCUUGGCCUGAGCAAUUGCGAUGAUGUUCUUCCGAUUUACAUCGGGGAUGACCGGACCGAUGAAGAUGCAUUUAAGGUGUUGAGGGACAGGAAGUGCGGGUAUGGGAUAUUGGUGUCAUCUGUGCCCAAGGAAAGCAAUGCAUAUUACUCCCUGAGAGAUCCAUCUGAGGUAAUGGAGUUUCUCAAGUCACUGGUGAUGUGGAAGAAAGUCAAGUGCUCUAUCGACAGCAAAGUACUAUGAGUAAAUUGUUUUCUUUGUUAGAAAAAAAAGUUGGUGAAAAUGGGGGGAAAAGAAGGAAAUGAUAUUAUAUAGAAGAGAAUACGCUGACAUACUACGUACGUACGUAUACACUACAUUGUGAAAAGGAUGGAGAAGAAGGAAGUCGUAUAUGUUUUGGUUUGAGCAGCAGCAGCCUUAAAUGGCGGUUUUGUGGAGUGGCCGGUGGGAAUGUGACGGCGACUGUCUCUUUGGUGGCGACGAGUCGUUUGUUGGUCCGGCUGGCAUGCUUUGUGUUGCUCAUGUCUUCUCGAUCUUAAUUUUCUUGCUGUUUGUUUUAUGGGGGAAAAAAGGAAGUGUAUAUUCUUUUCUUCUAAUUAUCAUUUCUUUGUUGCUAAUGGACGUUGAAGCAGUAAUAUUCUCCUUUCUUUGAUUGUUUCUCUGUUUGGCAAUGUGGGGGUGAAUUGUUGGUUCGGAUACGAAAAAAUAAAUGAGAGCAAAUGCUCUGUCCUCUCUCCUCAUCGAGGGCUGCUCUUUUGUUUGGGUAAACUUCCUCUGCCUGCUCUCGAAUGGUGGGCGGGCGAUCCUUCAAGUCCUACUCCUCUACUCAGCCAUGGGUGCUGGUGGGGAGCAAAUGGCGUUGAGUUGGCGGCCGGUGAUUCUCGAGUUAGGGAUUGGAUCGGGCAUAUCUUGCAUGCGGCAGGGCGAGAAAAGGGAGUCGAGAAAAGCAAACGAUGGUGGAAUCCUGAUGGGGGAGGUGAGACUAGUCGGUGUCGGUUAGGUUUCCGGUGGGACGAGAUCCAAGAUGGGCGACGAGCACCGUCGAUGGGUGUGGCGAAGGAGGAUUGGGGCGGCGAUGUCUAGCUGAAUCGGCAGGAGCAGGUUCCCCUUCCCUCGUUGGGAAAAAAAGCAGGGAAAAACGAAAAACCAGAAAAUACUGAACAAAAUAAAAAAUCCCCUCAAAUUCGGGAUUGGGAAGGUGCGAGAAAAUCUCGCGAGGCUGAAGAUCAGAAAAGGUGUGGACUCCUAGAGAGAUAUCUCCUUCUGAAAAAAUCGGAUGGGAUAAC